AUGGAAACUAUGAAUGAAUCACACGUAAAAUUAUGUAAGAAUUGUAAUAUAGAAAAACCUCUUGAUUACUACUAUAAGUAUAAAAACUCAUAUUUUGGUAAAUGUAAGGAAUGUACUCUUGCCCAACAACGCGCUAGAAUCCAAACUCCUGAAGGACGUGAGAAAAGAAAAGCUACUACAGUCAAAUAUGAGCAAUCUCCUGCCGAACAAAUUCGAGCCAAAAAUAAAAAAUACCAACCAAUAGCGAACCAGAAAGCUGUAGAACGUAGAAAGAACGAUCCAGCAUAUAAGAUUGCCGCCUAUCAACGCUGUCGUAUGCGUAUUGUUCUUAAAGGUAUUAGCAAAAGCGCUGGUACUUUAGAACUUAUAGGUUGUUCAUUGGAUUAUCUGAAAGCUUGGUUCGAUUAUCAAUUCCAGCCUUCUAUGACUUGGGAUAAUUAUGGCGCAUAUUGGGAGAUUGAUCACGUUCGUCCCUGUAGUAGUUUUGACUUAAAUGAUACGCUACAGCAAAAGGAAUGUUUUGGAUGGAAAAAUUUAAGACCAUUACAAUGUAGUCGUAAUCGGAGUAAAAAUAAAUAUAUUGAUACAUGGGAUUUAAUUUGCCAUGAAAUUAUCGAGUGUGAGGGUGAAGGUUCAGAGACUAAAUGGUUGUCGAACGCCAUCCCACUAUUUGACGGGGAUCAGAUGAAUCUAUGGAUUCCACGUAAUCCAGCUUCUCGUGCAGAAGCAUUAUUGAUGUCAGGUAUAGCCAACUGGUUUAUAUCGACAAAAACUUCUGGGCCAGUGAAUGGACAG